AUGGAAGGGGUACAGCGCUCAGCGUACUUUGUCAAGAAGCCAACAACGUUCAAGCAGUCGAUACGGUACUAUGUCGUCGUAUCCAUGGGUAAGGGUUUCUUCGACCACUUCGAGAAGGCUUGGGCGCGCCUCAGCAAGGGCUUUUCGUUCGACCUUGUGCUCCACGGCGCCAAGGGCGACGAAACGUGGGCGGCUCGCAUCCUCGAGUACCCUGAGGGCAGCCAGCGCCUUGAUGAACUCAAGAGCCGAAGUCACGCCAUCUGGCCCAAAUCGGUUAACGUAGUUGCCGUCUUCCUCAUCGGAAAAAGUCCUCUGUUCGUCGACUGCCGCAACUCCUUCUGCCAAGUCGACCCUGUCACGCACUCCAAGAGGAGCUGGGACCAGAUCAAAGCCGCGUUCGACUUCCUUGCCGACUUUAUCGAGAUUUAG